UAAAUGAAUACAUACACGGAACCAGUUCCCUUCUUGAAUAAAAUAAUACAAAUAUAUAUAUAUGUAUAACGACGUGUAUAUAUCUAUAAAUAUUCACUAGAGAUUACACAUCCGAGCGCGAGCUUGCAUAAACGCAUACAUCUAUGCGUGAACAAACAGUGGCACAUACACAUACACGCACACACACACAAAGACACACACGGUCACACACAGACACACACAGUUUCACGCACAUGCACACACCCACACAUGGGGAUGUAUGUACCCGGGAGGGAUGACUGUAAACAAAUAAUUGUCGUCAUACACGAACAUGCUUAUACAUUUAUACCCGUACAUAUAAAUUUGUUUGAAUUAUAGAUAAAUAAAUAAAUAAAUAUAUAUAUAUAAUAUUAUAUGUAUAUAUUUGUGUGUAUAAAUAUAUGUUAUAUUCAUAUAUUCAUUGAUUGAGACACAGAUAUGUAUACGUAACCAUCAUCGAAAAAUAACACACACGCACCGAUACACGUAGAUUUAAACAUACUUGUACGUAAAUUUUAAUAUACAUUCACAAAACAUAUUUACAUAUAUCUCACAUACGUUCAUAGAUACAUGCAUAAAAUUUUACAUAGUUGUAUUGAUGUGAAUACAAACACAUGCAGGUACGUACAUAAACAGAACUCAGUGCGCGCGCACACAUACAAACAACAUUAGCAACCCGUGUCUAACACGCGCAUAGAAAGGCAUGCACACACAUAAUCAUAUGAAUAGUUUGUCACACAUGUACUAGCCCUCAUACAUAGACAAACGAACACGCACACACGCACAGACGUCUGUAGACGCACUAAUACAAAACCACCCGUAUAUACCAAUUUACCAGUGUGGGGUAUAGAAUUGCGUUUGCUUUAAGUUCUUUGUGAGUUUAAUACUACACACAUAUACACGCGCACGCGCGCGCAGACAUAUUGGUAUAUAUAAAAUUCUAUUACACAUUCACGCAUACACAAACACACGCAUGUAUAUAUGCUCGCCCUCGAAGGAAUUUAAUCCAAGAAAAUAAAAGUACACGCAAACAUAGAGAAAAUACACACAUACAUACAUACAUACACAGACACAUACAUACAUAUAUAUAUAUAUACAUACCUUUAUAUAUAUAUAUAUAUAUAUAUAUACGUGUGUAUGUAUAUACGAACACUCACACAUUCAUCUGCGUAAAAAAGGAAUUAAUGAGAAAGGAUAAAGUUCAGAUCUAACAAACAUCUUGAGUAACGGAAGUAAGAAACCUAAAAUACUAUGCACACGCCAUCAUCGGGUACUAAAUUUUUAAAUGAAUGAAUAUACCACACCUCUGCUUCGGACUGACACUUUUACCGGAUGUCAGACCUCAUUGCAAAUAUUACAGAUAUGAUAUCAUGCUUGAAGUGUGCGGAGAGGACAACAAUGCUUUGUCCAGUUUUAUCCGGAAAAUAAUUCUGUCGAAUAUUAUUCUCGACUCGGAUGAGAAAGACUGACGAUAUAUGUUGUGGUUAAGUUUGAUUAAUGGAAGAAUUAAUCAAUUUCAAAAAGAAUACGUUGCGACUUUUGUUUUUAUUCGCCACAUUUUUCGAAGGUGAGUAGCGCUAUUCGCAGUAGCUGAAGGGAUACAUACCAGUUACAUAAUUAUUAUAUGCAAGUAAUAUAUAUAUACAUGUAUAGUGUUCGGAUUUUGGGUUGUUGUUGUAAUCAUGAGGCUCAACACGAUGAUGAUGUCCGGUAUACAAUGUUACUACGUAGGUAAGACAUCCCUACUUGAUCGACAAGAAUAUUCGGAUCUAUUCCCAUUGCUGAUAUAGUGUGACAUACAAAACGAAAAUUAACUCAGUACUUAUAUACUUAUAUAUAUAUAUAUAUAUAUAUAUAUAUAUAUGUAUGUAUGUAUGUAUGUAUGUAUGUAUAUGCGAAAAAGGAACAUGGUUUCAAACACACCCAUAUCUUUCUGUUUACCCUCCUCUGCUCAUUUCAUAAAAUCAUUAUCCCUUACUAUGAUAUCUGAUAUAUUUUCUUAGUGAAAACAUCGCACUUACUCCAAUGCUUUUUUCUUUCAUAUAUUUUACUUCGUUUUAUCAGAGGUUUUGUGAUUAUUUUAUAACAUUAAUAUGGUUUAUUUCAUAUUUUAUGAAAAAACUGCAUACAAUAAGAUGAAAAUAAAACAUAUACCCGCCCGAUAUUUGGAAGUAUCAAUCAACUUUAAACAGCAAAGUAGAUUAUUUUCCUCAUAAACACAAUAUCGAUUCUCUGAAAACUGAAUGUUUCAGAAAUGUUAUCACACAAAUAUUUAAUAUGCAAUUAAAUUUUUAGAACAUACCGAACCCCGACCUUAUAUACUCAAAAGUAUACAAAUCAGAAACCAUACAGUGGUUUACGUUAAAAUAACAAGUAAUAAGCGAAAAAACUGAUAAAUUCAUGAUAAAUUCAUGCUUUGCAAUUAAUAAUUAGGGCUUGAUUAUUUUUCAUCCUCCCAUUUACUAUCGUGGUUAUUUAUUAUUAUUAUUAUUAUUAUUAUUAUUAUUAUUAUUAUUAUUAUUAUUAUUAUUAUUAUUAUUAUUAUUAUUAUUAUUAUUAUUAUUAUUAUUAUUAUUAUCAAAGCUGCCCACUGUCAUCCCGCUGUAAAAUGUAGCGAAAUAUCAUCAAUACAUGUAUGUAUAUAUACAUAUAUGAAAUUGCAUAUUUAUGAUAUGCAUAAUAUGUAUAUAUACUGUCAAUGAAGUUACAUAUAACACACAGAAACACACACACAAUACACACACACACACACUCACCACAACUUAUAUAUAACUAUAAUAUCGCAGUCCUAUGUAACAAAAAUCUCUCCCACUCACUUUCCUGUUUUCUCCCUAUCUAUUUCUGUAUUUACACAUUACUCUCUCUCUCUCUUCUGUAUAUAACCUAACAUACAAUCUCCCUUCCAUUCUUUCUUUCCCCACCGCCACUCAUUUCCUCUUUGUUCCUUAAAUUGUGUAUAGUGCAUGUCGUUGCAGGCGGCAGCGGCCGAAACCACUGGAAAAAGAGAUAUUGUAUCAUUAUUAUCCCUAUCAUCACACUCUCUUGUAACAGCAUCAUCGUCGUCACCAUUAACAUCGUCAUCAAAGUUAAUGCUAUCACCACAAUAAUCAUCGUCAUCAUCAUCUUCACCAUUAGCAUUAACAUCAUCUUCCUCUACCACCUCAUAAUCAGCCAUCAGCACAACUGUCACGACUAUCACAAACGAUUCCAGGGAAUGUUACUACUAUAAACACGACAACAACAAUUGAUAAUAUUAUUGCAAUGAUGUUACCAUUAUUACUAAGACGGUUACGUCUACUUUUACCACACCUCCCUUGAAACUUUUCUCCAAAUACGAAGAUUUGAGAGACAGAGGGCGUAUAUAAAGAGUGGUAGUCAGAGGGUGAGAAAGACAGACAAAAUAAAGGGGGAAAAGGAGCAAAAAAAGAGACAAUAAAAUCAUUGUGCUAUACAAUAAUGUUGACCAGAUUCGCAAACGGACACCAUCAUGUCACAUGUGCAAAAGUGGCAUCGUUAAUACAAAUGGUUUUAAUUGGAUUUUCAUCAGUAAUUGGUGUUAUUAUGCCGAGCAUCAUGUCGACACAAAUACCGAGAUUUCUUCCGACCCCAACCAAUGUCACAUACAGACGAGGGCAAUUAGCAACGUUGCGGUGUUCCGUAGAUAAAUUGGGAACAAAAUUUGUUGUGUGGCGGAAGGCGAGUGACCCGAACCCUCUAACCGUCGGGAGAGAAAAAUUCGCUGACGAUCCGUACAUAGGGGUCAGUCAUCAGGCAACUAACUGGAACCUAAUCAUAAGAAAUGUGCAACCUAGGCAUGCCGGUGUGUACGAGUGUCAAGUCUCUUCUGUCCAUCAGCUAAUACGACAUAUCAUGUUACGAGUUGUAGAUAACACAGUAAAAAAGAACGGUUUUCUCACGAUAUCGGGAAGCAGUUCUGUCACACGAGGUUCUGCGAUUUCUUUGAUGUGUAACUCAUCAGGAGGUGACAGCCGGUCUCGUGAUAUUAACUGGUAUAAAGAAGGCACUAAGAUAUAUUCGAAUCGAGACAAUCGAAUUUUGACAACUAAAUAUACAUCGGCAGAUAAAGUUACAGUCAGUUCAUUAAGAAUUGAAAACAGUCGGUUAGAGGAUGGAGGUGUGUACGUCUGCCGUACGCCCAACAAAGCGUCCAUUACUAUUGAUGUUAAGGUACAUAAUAGUUCGGGAACCACUGUGAAUGGAACUUUCGUUAAAAGAGUUUUUGAGUCGUCUGCUGAUAAUGCAAAUGAUAUUCAAAUUCCUGGAAUAGAACCAACACAAACGACCAACGGACAAAUAUCUAACUCACAGUUCACGCCACAGUUGCCUUGUUUCCUUCUACUAUUUUACUUACUUAUAUAUUCAACAGAACAUCUGUAGCAACGGACAGGAGUGCGUGAGCAAAUAUGGUGGCCUUUUUGAUUAAUAUUAUCAGAUUUGGUCUGAAGAUCAAAUUUCAGCCAGACUGCUUAACUUGCAGGGGGAAUUCCACAAGCAGGAGGACCUGGCAGAUGGUUUGAUACAAUGAUGGAAGUCCGCUUGAGCCGUAAAUCAAGUCUUAAGUCAUUAGAAACUUUGAUUGGGCUGAAUUGAAUCCAGUCAAAGAUCAUUUGAUCCGUUAAGAAGUAGUCGCUUCGAUACGACCAGAAUGUUAACGCUAAGACUGACAGCAAAUGAACGAAAAUGUAACACACACAUAACAUUUAUGUAAGCGUAGAUA